AGCAGACAAAAUGCGGAGCCCCCUCCCCCCGAGCCCAGCCUGUGUGUUUGGGAGGGAGGCAGGCAGUCGUGGCACGUCCGUGUGAGAUGUAGAAAGAAGUGGGGGGAGGAAGGUGGAGAAGACUGAGCAGCAGCCAGAGCAUGUUCUCGAUGCAACAGUUCCCUGCCCUGCCUCCGGAAGAAGAGCGUUACCGCCAGGUCCUCGCCACUGACCGGGUCUUAGGAACAGAUGAAGAUAAUAUGGGGGAUGGUUGCUCUCAGAAGCUGGCUUCUGCCAAAUACCUUCGACUUUUGCUACUAAUACUGAUUCCAUGCAUCUGUGCUCUCAUCCUCCUAUUGGUGUUCCUGCUUACCUUUGUAGGUAUAUUAGAAAAAACAUGUUUUUAUUCAAAUGGGAGUGACCUUCUAGCUGCUGGUGGCAACAUUCGAACAUCUGACAUUCCUUUUCCAAAUAUUGUUGAAAAUAGUUCGGAUGUGGUUCCCACAGUGGAUCUCAAAGUGCUGCCAUCAUCCUGGACCCAAAGCCCUUUAUCCCAUGUUGACCAAAUGCAUGAAAACUUAAGCAUGUUUAGGCAGGCCUUACAGGAAGAUUCCUUGGCUCUUAUUACACCAGCCCCACCAUUCAACCCCACUACUACAGAUGUUGGUAUUUUGACCAGAGCCCCUGAAGACCAUACGUGGUCAUUUGCCACUACAGAGGAGAAAACUCGUUGGUCCACAGACACAUCCAUCAAGAUCACAGACAGGAUAUCCUCUCUACCUACGUUAAGUUCUAUCCAUCCAGCUGCUGUACAAGAAAUGAAUCUGAAAAAAAGUGCCUGCAUAAAUAUCACGUACAGCCAGUGCCAAAUGCUGCCAUAUAACCACACCACUCUAACAUCAGUUCUUUCCAUUGUCAAAAGCAUUGAAAUGGAAAAGUUCCUCAAGUUCUUCAGUUAUCUCAACCGCCUCAGCUGUUAUCAACACAUCAUGCUGUUCGGCUGUAGCCUUGCUCUUCCUGAGUGCAUCAGUGAUGGUGAUGACAGCAGCCAGACCCUUAAGGACACAGUCUUCAUCAACAGUUGAAUGGCUGGCUAACUUGAAGAGGAAGAAAGGGAGAAGUCAGGAUGAAAUGUUUGCAGACCACAUUGCCGAAGCACGCCCCCUCCCCCCCCCAAUUGAAAACAUCAGAGAGAGCUGGAGGUUGUAUUUGGGGUCUCAGAGGGAAAAAGACAGGAAGCUCUCCAGAGAGAGUGUUGAAGUAGCCAGAGACAGCAUUGCCAUGGCAAAAGACACUGUAGAGAAAGACAGGGACAUGCAAAGCAACCCGUGGAGGCAAAAAGAUGCAGAAUGCUUUGCUGCAGACAAAGUAGUGCCCUCAACCAGGGCAUUGCCAUGUUCUGCAGCCCCUGGACUCUACAGAGUACUGGGAACAGCAGCAUGUGUUUCCCUCUGUCCCCCUGUAGCCAUCCUCCCAGAUGCCAGUCCACUCUCUGGCCCAAGUUCGGGGCAGCGAGAACAAUUGCACCUGCAAGCCCAGCUCUUUCAAGCUCCAACACUCAACACCAGAAGAGAGAAGAACAAGAAGAUGCAGAGGCAAGGCAUAUUCUCACCUGUGAACUGGAGACCUCCCCCGACCCAAAUUGUUUUGUUGUGCCCUCCACUGCAGUGUUUCAUUGUUGUUUUAAAUAAAGGUUUAUUUGUAGUUGUUAUUGUUAUUUAAUAACAAAACCAUUAAAUUCAUUCAUAAAGAAUCUGCGAUGAAUGGUAUAUAUUCAUAAAUAAAUGAAUAAAUUUUGCAUAAGUUAUAGGAUUUUACAAUCACAAGAUAAAAUAAGGAAUGCCACAAUGUGCCAGUUCUACCACCCCGUAAAAGAGACUGCAAUGCUCACAAUCCAUUCUCCAUCCCUCCUUCCUGGGAUAAGAUGUGGAUGUAUAGCUGUAUAUUUUGAGGCCAAAUGCAUGCUCCACUGUCAUUCUGCAACUAUUGAGGCCACUGACUUAAACAGUUUCUUCCUUCUGUUCAAGUACCCUGUGAAUUGCUUAAUUAGCUAGAAAAGCAAAUUAUGAGUGUUUCAGGAUAACCGGAGUAAUCUCCACACUAUUAAUGUCCAUAGUGAUCAUGGGGGCAAAGUCUCCUUUAUUCAUUAAAGUACAUAGAACUGAGUUGUGAAAGAUCUUAGCAUCAUGGAUCCUCCACACAACCCUGCAUUUGUUUGUGAAUCUACCAUGGCAAUCAACCAGGCCUUGGAACACCAUGGAGAAAGACCCCUCUCUGUUUGUAAAUGGUCCUACGCUAUUCUUCUAAGACAGGAACUGAUAGCUCAAGUGCUUCCACUGAUCUCUGUGGAAGUAGCUCCCAGGGAGACAGGCAGUCUCUUAUGUAGGUAGGUCCCAAAUUAUUUAGGCCUUAGGAGAUCAAACCCAACAACUUCAAUUCUACCUAGAAACUAAUAGGCAGGCAGAGCAAAUGAUAAACCAUAGCCAUAAUGUGCUCUCAGUGUGUAAUACUUAAUAUAGCUGUUCAUCCAGGUAUGUAAUAUAGUCCACAUGCUAUAGCCGUUUGUAUAUCAACCGCAUUUGCAAAUAAUCUUGUGACAUUACUAUUAUUUAUAUUAUACGUGUGCCUAAAGGCCACAGUUGAGACCAUGGCUCUUGUGCUAGGCACUAUGCAAAUACUAAACAAUCCUAAUAGACAAUCCCUGCCCUAAAGAGCUUACAAUCUAAAUAGACAAUACAGACAGAGGACAGAAGAGAGGAAGUAGUAGUAUCCUCUUUUACAGAUGAAAAACUGAGAUACAGUGCAAUAUGACUUGGUCAUACAGAGGACGUCUGUGGCAGAAUUAGGAGUUAAAUCUAGAUUUCCUAAAUCCAGAGUCUUAAUCAUUAGAUUAUCUUCCCACUCAAAUAAAACCUGCAUAUUCACUAUGCUGGCGAUCUGCUUUACUCACUUAGGGCCUUAUCCAAUACCCACUGAAGGAACAGAAACAUAUUUCCCCACCAAAUUUGUCUUUUUAAUUUGAAAAAGAUUAUUUCCCUUUAAGAUUAUAAAGAAGCUGAAUUAACAUGGUUUCUUUUGUUCAUCAGCUACUUUCUACAAAGCAUUUUUGCAUCCAGUGUUGUAGCUGUGUUGGUCCCAGGAUAUUAGUGAAAUUAGGCAGGUGAGGUAAUAUCUUUUAUUGGACCAACUUCUG